AUGACAAAAGUAAUUUCAAAAUUCGAAAAUCUGCCCAAUGAACUUCUUCUCGAUAUCUUUACCUACUGUCGUCCACGAGAUUUAUUUACAUCUCUAUUCAAUCUAAAUCGACGUUUGAAUAUAUUGAUUAAUCUGCAACCAUUGGGUGUUGAUUUAGGCAAUGCUUUACCUAAAUAUUUACUUGAUAUCCACUAUCAAUCAGUAUUAUCCUAUGCCCGGGAACAGAUUAUCAGUUUACGAUUGUCUGAUACGUACAAUCGUAUGAAACGUUUUGUUGCUAAUGAUGAAGAUUUAGGAAUUGAUUUUGAAACACGCAAAGCUAUUCUUCAGCGCGUAAGAUGUUUAAUUUUAUGGGAUCCAACCAUGAAUAGUCUUUAUGACACUUUACAAUAUGCCAACAAUCUCGAAUCUUUUCAUUUAACAUCCAUCGGACGAGCACGAGAAACACCAAAUUACUCCCAUAGCCUAUUAAAGAUUCUUUUUCAAAUGAAAACACUCAAACGACUUUACCUAGCAUUGCAUGAUUCGAUCAUAUACGACAAUGGCAUUGAUAUAAACACAUCAAUAACUCAUUUAAUAUUAAAUGGAUGUCAUAUGCAACAUUUCGGAUCAUUACUCCGUCACCUACCAAAUAUUCAAACAUUGAACAUAAUGUGCUACAAUAGACCAAAUCUAUUUUCAUGGACGCAGGAGAACUUCGAUCAUACUCUCUAUGAUGGUCUUUCUGAACGUAUUCUGCACUUAACUAACCUGACAUUACAAGUAACUCAUACACCUUUUUUCGAAAUUGAAAUUCUUCUUCGUCAAUUACCCAAACUAAUCAAAUUCUCAUUCUCAUCACUUCUCAUCGAAGAUUAUUCAAAUGGAGCAAAUUGGGAACGUGUUAUCACGAGUUCUCUUCCUGUUUUAAAAAAAUUCUCCUUAUUCAUCAAUGAGACGCACGUUCCAAUGCGUAUCCUAAUCGAUCUAGAAAAAAUGAUCCAAUCAUUUUCAUCUUUCUUCUGGGAUCGUUGGCCAGUGGUUAUCGAAUACUACAAUGAAGGAUCGUCCAAACGGCAUGUCAUGUUAUACACAUUACCGAUGCAGAAAGACAGUGUACGAACAUAUCUAUACGGGGUACAAACAUAUCCAACCCAGAACAGUGACAAUACAUAUGACCUAGUACCAAAUGAAGAGAAAAAAAACGAUUAUAAGAAAGUGUAUGAGCUACAUUUUGUUUUACAUCCCAGUCCACCAGCGAAUGUUCUUCUACCAAAUCGUGCCUAUACCAAUCUGAAAUCUUUAUCAUUUACAUCGGAACUAACCGACUCAGGAUCGUAUGAUUCUGACGCGAUACUAAUUGAUCUGCAGAAAUUAUUUUCUUCUUCAACACUCGCAAAUAUUAAACGCAUCUAUCUGUACAAACAAGUCUAUCCGACCAAUUUCUUUUCGAAAUUGUUGAAUAUUUUACCCAAUGUUCAAAGUGUUCGUAUAUCUGAUGCAUUACUACAUAUUUCCACAGUUGCACCUCGCAUUACCAGCUUAACAAUCGACUUCACAUCGACUGUUGUUUCAAAUGUCACAGAUAUUCUUCGUCAAAUGGGCACUUAUCUUCCUAACUUACGUUAUCUCUAUUUGGAAUUGAAAGAUGCUCAGAACAUAUACAUUUUUCUCGCAUAUUGCUUGAGAAAACUUCAACAUUUGUUGGAUAUUCAUCUUACAUUUCAUGACGCCAAUGCAUGUAUCGAUCAACAAACUUUUCUCUCCUGGUUUACAGAUUACAAAGCAUUAAAUGCAUUAAAUAGCAAAGUACAAGUGGAAUUUAAUGAUAAAAAUAAUCGUUUACACAUUUCCUUGUGA